UAUGCCUUCAGGAAGCCUCAGUCUUGUGGUGCCAUCCUAAAGAUCUUUUAUGGGUUCAUUUAAGCAGGACCACAAAGAAAAACUGUUGAUCCCCCCCAGCUCUUACGUAGCACCCAGUAUGUGCAGAAGGGCUCCACUGCAGAUUUUGUAGACACUGAAGAUGUUUGGGACACAUCCCCAAAUCAAAGAUGGCCAGCUCAGAGGCAGAGAAAACUCCUUUCCCCCAGUCCCAGGGGAGGAAAUAAAUCCCUUCCCCCUGGGAGAAGAAAAGCACUUUCAGGGUACUGGUGAGGACGGCCCGGGGUUGAGCGCUGAGAGGAAUCUUUCCAGCCCAUCCUUGUUUUUUAAUAACGUCCAGGUGUACUCACCUGUUUUGCCCUUACCUUUUCACCUCUCCCUUGCCUUCUCACCUGCUCAUCCCUGUCAUCUCUCCUUUCUCAACUCUUGACUUACCUGCCCUGCCAUGUUCUAUCUUGGUUUCACUUGUCCUGACCUCAGCUGUACCCUUUCUUGCCCUGCUUCCAAAAGCUAACCUGUAAGCCUCUCACCUGCUGGCUUACCUGUCCCCUUCUCACUUUUCCAUCCUCAGUGGUGAGUAACUUGUCCUCCCUUCUCUCAGUCUCAACUCACCUGUGCCUUUUCAUUAGUAUAUCCUCUGCUGCUCUGCUUUUAUCUGCUGGCUUACCUGCCUGACUCGCACCUGCCCCAUCCCCUCAAAGUCUCAUUGCCCUCCCAGAUGCCCGCGGGCUCUCCAGGGAGCGGGCCCUCGCCAGAAGAGGGGAAAGAGGAACUUAAGGCCAACCGGGAAGGACCUACGAGUUUUGAUGCGGAAAGGGCGGUGCCAUCUGAAGAAGGUGCCAACAAAUAGCCAAGAUAGAAGAGGGGCAGCCGAACCAAUGAGACGAGGAGUCGGGAUGGGCGGGUGAUACGGAAAGCGGAAUCAAGGAGGACGAGGGCGGGUCUACUAACGAGAAUGGGCCAAUGAGGCGCUGCAAGGACGGCGGGAGGCUGACCUGGCGGCGUGCCGGGUCUCCAGAUCUCGACGGAAUUUGGAAAUCCCGAGACCGCUGUCUUAGAUUCCGUGUUCAGGAGCGGAGGAGAAAAGCCACUGCUAGGGCCAGCCCCUCAUUCGCCCCAGCCCCAUCCCGGAGGCCCGGAAGCGGAAGUGACGGACACGGAAGUGGCCUGCUGUUGCCGAGGGGACGGGCCAGGCAGAUGCCAACAUGGCAGCGGUUGGGUCUGGCGGUUCCACCGCGGCGGCCGGGCCAGGGGCGGUCUCUGCGGGGACGCUGGAGCCUGGAACCGCGAGUGCGGCUCACCGGCGCCUCAAAUACAUAUCCCUAGCCGUGCUGGUGGUCCAGAAUGCCUCCCUCAUCCUCAGCAUCCGCUAUGCCCGCACGCUGCCUGGGGAUCGCUUCUUUGCCACCACUGCUGUGGUCAUGGCCGAAGUGCUCAAAGGUCUCACCUGCCUGCUGCUGCUCUUCGCACAGAAGAGGGGUAACGUGAAGCACCUGGUUCUCUUCCUCCACGAGGCUGUCCUGGUGCAGUAUGUGGACACACUCAAGCUCGCAGUGCCCUCUCUCAUCUACACCUUGCAGAAUAACCUCCAGUAUGUUGCCAUUUCCAACCUGCCAGCUGCCACUUUCCAGGUGACGUACCAGCUGAAGAUCCUGACCACGGCACUGUUCUCCGUGUUCAUGCUGAACCGCAGCCUUUCCCGGCUGCAGUGGGCCUCCCUGCUGCUCCUCUUCACUGGCGUCGCCAUUGUCCAGGCACAGCAAGCCGGUGGCGGGGGCCCACGGCCACUGGAUCAGAACCCUGGGGCAGGCCUGGCGGCUGUCGUGGCCUCCUGUCUCUCGUCGGGCUUCGCAGGUGUCUACUUUGAGAAGAUCCUCAAAGGCAGUUCAGGCUCUGUGUGGCUGCGCAACCUGCAACUGGGCCUCUUUGGCACGGCACUGGGCCUGGUGGGGCUCUGGUGGGCAGAGGGCACUGCCGUGGCCCGCCGCGGCUUCUUUUUCGGGUACACGCCUGCCGUCUGGGGUGUGGUACUCAACCAGGCCUUUGGUGGGCUACUGGUGGCCGUUGUCGUCAAGUACGCUGACAACAUCCUCAAGGGCUUUGCCACCUCCCUGUCCAUUGUGCUGUCCACUGUUGCCUCCGUUCGCCUCUUUGGCUUCCACGUGGACCUGUUGUUUACCCUUGGCGCUGGGCUGGUCAUCGGUGCCGUCUACCUCUACAGCCUUCCCCGAGGUGCAGCCAAAGCCCUAGCUUCCGCCUCUGCCUCCACCUCGGCGCCCUGCACUCACCAGCAGCCUCCGGGGCAGCCGCCACCACCGCAGCUGUCUUCGCACCGUGGAGACCUCAGCACGGAGCCCUUUCCGCCAAAGUCAGUGUUGGUGAAGUGAGGGCUGGUGGUGGUGGGGGGAGACAGGGAGGGGGACUGGGUGGAGGGUGUUGGGCAUCUGCAGGACCCAAGUCACCACUGGGUCCUGGCCCCUCUGGGGUUGGAAGAGUCUUUUUCUCCCAGGUCAUUGCGACUUCUGGAGGGGUGUGGGACUAGGUGGGGGGUCACGUGAACCCUUCCUUGUAGGCUGACCCUCCUCCUCUGGAGG